AUGCUCGCCCCAUGUUGUGCCAAUGCACGAAGCAGUGCUCUCGAACUCUAUGCCCAACAGCUUCGUGACGCUGCAGAUCAGAGCUUGUCCAGCAAGCUACAGCAGUUUGCAAUGUAUGUGGUGCCGUUGGAGAUCUUGUUGAGCAUGUCCAAGCCGGCGGCUUACGAAACAUUGCUCGACGAUGGGGUGCUAGUUGAAUAUGACGAAGGCAUGGGUAAUGCUAUGUUUGUCUCGCAUCAAUGGACAGGCACAGAACACCCAGACAUCGCCGGUGAGCAGUUCGUUGUACUCAAGGAUGCAUUACAAGCGCUGAAGACCGGAAAAGUGGAUAUUUCCGGCAACAUCUCUAUUGAGUUGUACAGAGGGCUCCAGAACAGCAUCUCCGCCAAGGAGAUAUUUUCCAAGCCGCUGUUCAUUUGGUACGACUACAUCUGCUGCCCUCAGCAACAUACAGCCUUUGCAUUGCGUCAGAUGGCUGUCAACAGCAUUCCAGGCUAUGUUGACAGAUGCCAGUUCUUCGCCAUUCUCUGUCCUCACGUGCGCCACGAAGCAAACAACCUGCUCCUGAACAAGAGGAGCUGGGGCAGCCGUGGCUGGUGCCGGAUGGAGCAGAUGGCCCAGGAGCUCAGCACCAAGGAGAGGUGUGUGUCCAUCGAGAUACAAGGCGCUACACAUGUGGUCGAGGCUCCAACAUACGGCUGGAUGCAGUCACCUGUCGGAGGAGGUCAAUUCACGUUGCAACGAGACCGUGAAAAGCUUGCUCCUGUCGUGCAGGACAUGGUGCGUCGAAAGCUACAUGCGUAUCUUGCACGUGGAGAUCUCGACAGCUAUAGGAUGAUGCUAAACAUGCAGAACGUCCACUACAGGAACCUCCCCAUCAAUCCUGUCGAUGACCUUCUUCCGGGCUAUGUUUCGGAUCAUCAAGAUCCAGCAACCGUCGUGAUGGAAAACUUCAUGUACCAGAACGGCUUUGACUCCGUUGACCAGCGCAAUGCAGAGGGGUGGUCUCCGAUGUGCUACGCGGCUUUGGAUGGAAGACCCCUCUUACUUGCAGCGCUACUGGAUAAUGGAGCCGAUGUGAAUGAUCGAGUGACGCAAUCAUCGCCGACCAAUCCGUUUGGGCUGUGUCCUCUUAUCCACAUCUGCGCUUUCCUUUCACAUAAUGAGGCCCUUCAGUUACUCAUCGAUCGCCGGGCCGAUGUGAAGGCAAGGGACGGCUAUUCCACCACAGCCCUUGCUUGGGCAGGAUUUUCGGACAACGUCGCAGGCAUCCAUACCCUAAUCGCCGGCGGUGCAGAUCCGACAAUGUUGGACAUGAUUGGGUAUGCGCCGUUUGCUCUGGCCAGCUCAGCAGGCGCUAUUUCAUCCAUGAAUGCUUUGUUGCCUUACACACCGCGGCAACAAAUUGAUAAGUCGCUAUUGUUCACGAUGCUGCAAGGAGGAGGUUCCGCUCAGGUGGUGUCGACGUUGGUCGCUCUCGAUGCGGAUGUGAACCAUCAGGCGUCUACUCCACUGCUCAGUCCUCUUGGCAUCUGGUUUGGGUGCCUGAGCCUUCGGCAUCGGAUGAGCGAGUCUAAGUUGAGUGCAUAUGCGUACCACUACGAGGGCCUGACACCUCUGAUGUGCAGCGUUCUUACCAGCUCCUUUGAAGCAACAGCCGUGCUCUUGGGAGCGGGGGCGCGGACGGAUCUGCGGAACGCACGUGGCAAAACUGCGAUCGACCUGGCCAGGGAGAUUUCGGCUCCACAUCAUAUCGUGCCUUUGUCAGAGUUGGGUAGCAUUUUACAUGUUUACGGGUACAAAAAUUCACUAAGGCAAGGAAGCUUAUACUUUCAUAGUAUCACUAUCCCAACGAUGAACUAG